AUGCCUAUAUCAUUAAAUAGUUUUAAAGAAGAAGAGCUUAUCUCCUUAGAAAAAGGGGAUCUUGAACCUGUUUUAUAUAAAGGAAGUGAAAUUGGAUUUAUUUAUAAUAAAUUAAAUUUAGGUGAAGGGAAAUUAUAUAUUCUUGAAAAACGUUUAUUAUGGAUCAAUGAAAAUGCGAAUAAAAAAAAUGUUACGAAUUUCAAAGAAUUAUGUACAAAUAAUAUAUAUUUAAAUCAUUAUGAGAAAAAUAGAAAUUUCUAUCUACACCUUUUAAAUGAUGUAAAUAAUAUAAGUAUUGAUUCAUCCAAUAUUGCUUUACAUGCCAUAACAUCUGAUAAAAAAAUAUGUGAUAAUUCUUGCGUAUAUAUACAAUUAAAUACAGACAUUUCUGAUCAUUUAGAAAAUUGGAAAAAUGACGAACCAGUGCAACGUAUCAUAAAGAGUGAACAAACAAAUGAUGAUGAAGAGAAUUCAGAUUCAGAUAAUGAUCUUCCUUAUGAUGAAAUUUCUACUCCUGAAAUAUUAUUGGUAAGUAAAAAUUCCUCAGAUAACGAUCUUAUUUUUCGACAUAUGAGUAAUAUGGACAAUUCUAAUAAUGAAGAUGACGAAAUGGACCAGGAAGAAGAUGAACAAGAAGAAGAUGAUGAAGAAGUAGAAGAAGGGAAUGUGCUAGAAGACGAGGAAAAUGAAGAUGAAGACAAUAAAUAA